UUGAAUGCAAUUGAAGAAAAUAUUGAUGAAAGUGAAGAGCAAAAGACACCUGCGUCUGCAAAUCCAUUUGAUAUCAAAUCAGAAGCAUUUUGUUUUCCAGUUUGUUCACCAUCAAUUUUUGCUACAUUUUCCAGAAAUAGCACAGAUAAGCAGCGUCCCUUCCGAUGGUCAAUCGAACACCUUUCUGUACUUUUUCCAGCUGAUAUAGAUGAAACAUCUAUUCCUGAUUCUUGGACUGAUCCAGAUCAAGAGUUAAAAGCUCAAAAAGCAAUAGAUACAUUUUUUUCACAAAACAGUAUUGUUCCUUCACCAUGGUCGCCAGAAUUGUCAAGUAAAGGCGGAAGGAAGAUAAAAAUGAGAAGAACGAUUCGUCAUAGUUCACCUGCUAAUAGUUUUACUAAUAAUGAUGCUUCAACUCAAACCAAAUUAACUAUUCCUCCUUCUGUGGAUCUUGAGGCAUUAUUAGGUGGGUACUUCACAUAUCAAGAAGACAAUGAUUUAAAUUGUUGCUCUGCAGAAAGUUCCCCGAAAGAAUCUGAGCUUAUGAAUACUUCUUCAUUACGAAGAAAGCUCUUUGUUGCUAAAGAGGAAAAUUUUACCCCCAAAUGGUAA